UCCACAGGCAACCACGCAUAUCACAUAUCAACCUCAACGACACAGCCGUCUCCCAAACCUCACUCACGAAAAGAGAAACAAGAAGAAGACGGAGAAACCAGAGACCCACACUCAUUCCCCUCCCGAAAACAAACCCCGAAGGGCAAAGAAAAAAAACGCCAAACAUGUCUUCAGACAGCAAACCCUCCCCCAUCUUCUCCUUCAUAGCGCUCUACUUCGCAACUCUCUUCUCGCUCGAUACCUGGGCCGCCGCUCGCGCCUCCCCUUACCGUGCUCCUUCCUCCGUAGCGUAUAACCGCCCCGCCAACAUGCCGCCGCCACGAGACAGCUAUCAGGGGGGCAUGCAUGGCCAGGGACGGCAUGGACCAAGCAGCGACGGAAACCUCGGUGGGAGGAGGCCGGAGGGACGGAUCGCAUCUGCUAGGGAUUCAAGGCCGCCGAUGCGGAUUGGAGCGAAUGCUAGGUGUGGGGCCUGUAUGACCUGA